AUGCCCGGAACUGUGGCGGCAGCUCCAACAGUAUCGUUGUCCUUCGCGAAUAAUUUUUGGGGAAAGGAUGAUGCUGGCGUUGGUCCUAUGCUGGAGCGCAUGCACAAUGCGAAAGUUACAUGCGAUGAGUUGAAGACCUUUUAUAGCACCCGUGCUGCAAUUGAAGAUGAGUAUGCUAGAAAGCUGUUGGCCCUAUGCCGGAAACCCCUGGGUUCUUGUGAGGCGGGUACCCUUCGUGCCUCGCUAGAUACAAUGAGAGGGGAAACAGAAGCCAUCGGGAAAACACAUUCUGCCAUUGCGUCACAGAUGAAGGGAGAACUAGAGGAGCCUCUUGCUGCUUUCGCGGGGGGCAUGAAGGAACGAAGAAAAAUUGUCCAAUUUGGAAUCGAGAAGCUCCUUAAAACUAAAAUACAUCAGCUUCAUGCAGUCAACAAGUCACGAGAUCGAUAUGAACAAGACUGCCUUCGAAUUAAAGGAUAUCUUGCUCAAGGACACAUGGUAAUGGGACAAGAAGAACGGAAAAACAAAGCGAAGCUCGAGAAAACGCAAAUUCAACUAGCUUCUAACAGCAAUGAGUACGAAUCCGCAGUAAAAAUUCUCGAAGAAACGACUGGCCGGUGGAAUAAAGAAUGGAAAGCUGCUUGUGAUAAAUUCCAAGAUCUAGAAGAAGAGCGUUUGGACUUUACCAAAAGCAGUCUUUGGACUUAUGCAAAUGUUGCAUCUACGGCCUGUGUUAGCGAUGACGCGUCUUGCGAGAAAAUUAGGGUAUCAUUAGAAAACUGUGAAGUUGAGAAGGAUAUCAGCCUAUUUAUUCGGGACAGGGGCACAGGGCAAGAAAUACCAGCUCCUCCAAAAUAUAUUAAUUUUUGCCGAGGAGAUGUAAACGACGCAAGCUCCGAAGUAUCAGAGGAGGAAGGCUAUUCGGUCGCUCAGUUUCAGCGAACAAUUAAUCCUGCAUUUCGAAGUUCUUCUCCGCAGCCAUCAACCUACGAAUCUCACCAUGACCCUGACUCUGAACUUGCAAGAAGAAUGAACCAUUGCGAUAUGGACGCGCCGUCGAGCAGGGAGGCGACUGUCACCCCCCAGAAAUCAGCACAGCACGCCCAACUUUCACAAGCCAACAGGCCAUCUCUGCAACCAGAUUCAGAUCAAAUAUUGCAGCCAAUACAACAACAUAUGCAACCUAUGCAAGCGAUCCAGCCUAUUCAACCGCCACAGCAAACUCAUCAUGUACCACCAUCACAGGUGAUGCAACCAAUCCAGACCGCGCAAGCAACGCAUCAAGCCCAACAGAUACGGUCCAUGCCACCGGCACAGCAGAUGCAGAUGGAUCCGAGGCGUGGGAAUGCUUUACCGCCGAAUUACGAACCUAGCCAGCACGGAGAUAUCCCAGCAGUUCCUCAUAAUGAGUAUCCAACGGAUGGCAUGACUAUGUUUUGUCGAACAGGCCCUCCUUCGGACAAAAGUUCAACUUUGAGUGCCAAUCGCCCUUCCAGUCGAGAAUCUCAUUCCUACAGUGAGGUGUCGAAUCCUACAUCUUUCUCCAGCAUCGAACCGCCAAGCGGAAAGCAAUCCCCCACAAAGCCUAUCAAUGGCGUUCCCAUGCCCGGUAUGACUGAUGCCAAACCACAAGUCCAAAAGAAACGCAGUGCAUUUUUUAGCAACAGCCCAUUCCGUAGGAAGAGUAAGCAUGAGAAAGAACGUCAGGCCCAGCAAGCUACUCCUCCCCAGACGAAUCGUAAUACAUGGGCAGGCCCAAAGCAGACGAAAACCCCAAGUCGCAUAUAUAAUCGCCAGCCUGCCCUUGAAGCUGAAAAUGGAAGUGGAAGCCCCGAACCUGUUGACCCCAGAGCAAAUUUUCAACUGAACAUCGGGAAUAAUGUUUUUGAUGUUGCCUCACCUGAAGCAACAGCACAGCGAGGACCUCAAACAAAGAAAGACCCUGAUGCGGACCCCAUUGCCCAAGCCCUUGCUGAUCUUAAGGUUGUUGGAAAGCAGUCGUCUGUACGAGUUUCGGCGGACAGAUACCAUGGACUCUCAACCCCAAUGGGGCCUGCAGCCCCUGCACAGCAAUCUCAACCUCAACCACAAGACAACAAACAGAGAGUGAAACGAGUUACACCUCCGCCAUCAUAUAGCGAUACACCACCUGUGAAGCGACUGGAUGCACCCCGACCAGCAUUCACUUCUGCUCAGAUGCAAAAGACCACUCAAAAAUAUGUAGGACAAACACAGAGCUUGUUCAAUACCCCUACUAGAGCGCAGCGAAACACACCACCAGCCCAAAAUAUCCAGCAAGCCAGGCCUAUUAGCCGUGCUGCCUCCCCUGCCCCGAGAAGAAGCACAAGUCCACAGCCACCAGCGCAAGCGGAGCGUCAUCAACCGCAGUACAGCACAAACAAACCGAGUCCUAGUGCAUAUCAAUCUAGCAGUAUGGGUAGUAGAUAUCGACAAUCGCCAGGUGCCUCUACUACCACUACCCCGACUAAACCUACUAUGGAGCGUUCUUACUCACCCCAAUAUACUCAGCGUGCGUCCCCUAGUCCCGCACCUCGAGCCUCCCCAAGCGUUGCAUCCCGUGCCUCUCCCAGUAUGGCGCACCGCUCUGUUUCCCCUCAGCCGCAAUUUAUGCGCGCGGAACGGCCUGCAAGCUCGAAUGGUAUGGAGCUCCAAUUGUCCGCAAACCAGAUGGAUAUGCAUGGGGGAGGAGCUGGAGAAUAUACCGGCCAUUCCAGGUCUUACAGCAAUGUAGACAAUACCAAACGUCCGAUGAGUAUGUAUUAUGGCUCCGCAUCCGACGUUGGUUCCAGCGUGCAGCCAUACCGGAGCAGAAGUAGAAGUAUAGCAACACCAGACUCGCGGCCUUUGAGCAGAGAUGGACGCCCAAUUCUACAUUUUGCUCGAGCAAUGUACAGCUAUACAGCUGCAAUACCAGAAGAGCUGGGUUUUAUGAAAGGUGACAUUCUUGCAGUUCUCCGCCAUCAAGAUGACGGCUGGUGGGAAGCUGAAGUUACCGGCAAUCCUACUGCUCCUGGUCUCGUACCAAGUAACUACUUGCAACAGUGCUAG